GUGUAGCAAACCGACCGUAGACGUGGAACAGGAUUAGUUGCUAUCGCUGCAGCACGAGAUGUUGGUUUAUCAGUUAUUUUAAUUUUAUUUACCCUACUUUGUAAUUAUAUUUAUAUACUUAUUUAUAUCUAUAUUUAUAUAUUAUGCUAUGACCGAGUAACUUAUUGGACGUUUGAAGACGACCUGAGGAGAUCUUUCAUUAGCUACAUUAGCCGCUAGCUGUGCUAAGCUAAUAGGAUCAUGGAAGCUAAUGCUAAAAGCUAACGCACGGACACGUCGGUGUUGUCGCGGUUCGAUAUUAACUCGUGUUCAGGAUCGUCCGCGGUUAUAGAUCCAGAUCUCAGGUGCUGUCAUGGCGCCUAUGGGGAUCCGGUUGUCCCCUCUUGGUGUCGCCGUGUUCUGCUUGCUCGGGCUCGGCCUCCUGUACCACCUUUACUCCGGGGUCCUGACCAGCAGACUGGCCGCUUUGAGACAGAGGAAGACGGUGGAUCUGAGGGACCUCCUCGCCUUGUCCAUAGAGGCUGCUGUACAGGGAGGAUGGGAGGUGAAGCGCAUCCGUAUGGAGGACACGCUGGAGGAAAAAUCCAAGGGCAAAACUAAAGAAGGAGCUUUGGAGAAGUUCACCAUGGGGGAUUUAAACUCUCACAGGAAAAUGUACUACCUGAUCAGGAACACGUAUCCUUACAUACAGGUGAACUCCGAGGAACACGACAACUCGGACGGCGAGGCCACGGUGUGGACGCGUAACAUCCCGGACGAGGUCCAGAGCAAGAUCCCUGAGGGGAAAGUGGUGCCUGCUGAGAGCGUGACUGUCUGGAUCGACCCGCUGGAUGCCACGCAGGAGUACACGGAAAACCUGAGGAAGUACGUCACGACCAUGGUGUGUGUGGCUGUGGACGGGAAACCUGUUGUAGGUGUGAUCCAUAAACCUUUCACCGGCUUCACAGCGUGGGCGAUGGUGGGUGGAGGAGCGAACGUGGCACCGCGAGACUCCUACAACACCCGCAAUCCCAAGGUCAUAGUGUCACGCUCACACGCGGGUAAAGUGAAAGGCUUUAUUCAGCAGGCAUUCGGGAACGACACAGAGAUCCUACCAGCAGGGGGCGCAGGAUAUAAGGUCCUCACUCUGCUGGACGUCUCGGACGACGAUUACGAGAAGGCAGACAUGUACAUCCACGUGACCUACAUCAAGAAGUGGGACAUCUGUGCCGGAAACGCCAUUCUAAACGCACUGGGCGGUCACAUGACCACGCUGAGCGGGGAGGAGAUCGACUAUUCCGGCUCGGAGAAGAACCCAGGCGGCGUGCUCGCUACGGUCAGCAUCGACCACGACGCCGUGGUGAAAAAGCUGCCGGCCCGGGAAGAGAACAAAAACUGAUGACGGUUCGGGAAACAGACCAAACGAGCAGAACCAGUGUUGGACACACAGAUACGCCAGCUUCAGCCGGACUGCACGUGACUGCGGCUGCGUGGCGUGUUUAGCGUUUAACUACUCCAGGAGUCACACUCGACGGGUACAGGAAGGGCUCUCAGCGUGGACGUGUUCUUUAUUUAUCUCCACAUCAGACACACACUUUCAUGAUCACAUGUACAUUGGAUACCCUAAAGAACAGGACACGUAGCUGCGUACAGAUAUUACAUCUUAAUAAUGUAACAUCACAGACCUAUGAGAUCCUCAGAGUCUGACAUUAUCUCCCAGAUUAAGGAAGUCUGUCUCUCAGGAGCACAAACCCGUCCCAAUCGGGGGAAGCGGUGGCACUGAACACUGUGUUCAUGUUUCCCUAAUAAUCUCACGACUGGAACCUUUUUGCUUUACAAUAAGACACGCUGUCAUGUGCGUGUCAUCAAACCUCCACAGUCCGGUCAGUCAAAGGGACGGUUCAGUGUCGUAGAAAUCAUCUUCAUCUGCAUUCGGAGCUCCACAAAGGACUCGUCAAGCUCUGUGAUCUCAUUACGUUCCACCCACUUCCUCUUCCAGGAUUUUCGGAUUCUCGAUUCCGAUUGGCCAGAAGCUCUAACAGCAUAAUAAUAAUAAUUAACCUGGCCUAACAUCGCCGUAUAACGUUGUUUCCAUGGUAACAGCUCCUUCACAGGGGCAGGCACUUGUACGCAUACACACGUGCACGUGACCACACGAUGCUUUAUUUAACAUUUAUGGAAGGAGUCUCCAGUGUCAGAGCUUUGUAACAGCUUGUAACAGUAACUCCGCUUCAACACAAAACCACGACGUUGAUUAUUUUCCAACAGCACGACCCCGGGUGUGUGUUCUCUUACUUCACCACGUCACUUCUGCCGACGGACCGAAUUUAUUAAUAAAAUUAAUAAUAAUUAUUAAUAAUUCUUUUGUUUGUAAGCUGUUAUAAUUAUUCUAAUGGGAUGGUUGAUGGGUUUUUUGUUUUUUUUUAAAGGUGUCUUUUUUUUUAUAUCAUAACCAAUCAGCAGAUGAAGGAACAGGUGAUGAACAGGGUGUUAAUGUAGCAACGUCCCAUCGUCCAUGGCUCCUCUCUCCCUGACGUGUCGUGCAUGAAGUGUAAAUACACACAACACACGUUAAUCAACGUUUAUUUGCUGUUGAAAAUCCUGCAUGCGCUCGGUUAGAUAUGAGGCAUGUGAUGUUAUCGUGCUAAAUUAACGUUUGUUUUUUUGGUUUUUUUGGAUUGUAAUAAAGAGCAACUUCGUUGUUGUUGU